AAUGCAUUUUAAUGUUCAGAUAUGUCCUUAAAAACAUAAGCAAGCAUAUGUCAGCUCCGAAUGUAAACGUGAGAACCUUUUCUUUCGACAUUCAUUUUACGGCAUCUAAAGACAGCCAAACGUUAGAUAAUUAGUUGGAUGUUCUUGCUAAAUAGGCUGGACAGAUGAGAUAGCAUCGCUUGUAUUUAUUAAACCCCAUCCAAAACAAGUGUUUAUAAUUAUUUGUUUUAUUACAACGAUGUAGUUUCAACUUAAGAUUUGUGCCCCAGCCUGGAUGGAGAAGUCAUUAAGCAGUCAACACCAUGAAGAAAAUCAAAGGGAAAGCAAGUAUCAAGACUGAAAAGGAGUUUGUGUUUGAGUUCAAGGCUGGCAAACAGAACGGUGUUCUCAAAGUACCUCUGCAGUUCCCCAUUCAGGAGAAUAUCAACGACCUUCAUGGACGCCUCAUGCUGCUUCAUAAAAUACCCUGCUACAAAGAAAACGAACUAAAAGUGUUGCUGUCUGACUUCAUUGAGAAAGAGACGAUUUUGGAUUAUGACAGAGAGGCAGAACUGGCACUACAAAGACUGACAAUGGGACAUGUAGAUGUAAAUCAGCUCGCCAAUGCGUGGACCAGGGCCUAUGUAGAGACAACGCUAGAGCACGCGCGACCCGAAGAGCCCAGCUGGGAUGACGACUUUGCAGAUGUUUACCAUGAGUUAAUCCAUUCUCCUGCCUCAGAUACACUUCUCAACUUGGAGCACAAUUACUUUGUCCGUAUCUCUGAGCUCAUCAGUGAGCGAGACAUGGAGAUUAAGAAGAUACAAGAGAGACAAGCAGCAGAAAUGGACAAAGUAAUGCAUGAGUUGGGCAAUACACUAAGCGACCAUGACGUGAACGCAGUAGCUUCCCAGCACUUUGAUGCACAGCAGGUACUGGAAAACAAGUGGGUCACUGAACUCAAGCAAGUGACUUUUAUUCAAAAGCAAGAAUAUCAAGAGUGGGUCAUCAAACUGCACCAGGACCUACAGAAAUCCAACAGCAGCCAAAUUAAUGAGGAGAUUAAGGUGCAAUCUAGCCAGCUGUCAGAACCCUCAGAUUCAGCAGGCAGGAUGUUUGAGGAGCCGCCUCAACUAGAAGAAAGUUUUACUAUUCAUUUAGGAGCACAAUUGAAGACGAUGCAUAACUUGCGACUGGUCCGGGCAGAUGUUUUGGACUUUUGUAAGCACAGACGUCACGGCAGCAGUGGAGCAAAGCUGCGGCGCCUCCAAACGGCCCUGUCACUCUAUUCCUCAUCACUUUGUGGUCUGGUACUAUUGGUUGAUAACAGGGUCAACUCCUACAGUGGAAUCAAGAGAGAUUUUGCAACUGUGGCCAAGGAGUGCACAGACUUUCACUUUCUUGGCCUGGAGGAGCAGCUGGAGGAGGUGCAGCAGGUUGUGCUUUAUGCCAGAGCCCAGCGGAGCAGCAAGCAAAAAGAACAACUUGAACUCCCUAUGAAUGGAAGUGAUGAUAAAAAUAAAACUGUAGAAAGAAACCCUUCAAAUAUCUUACCAGGUGAGUUCUACGUCUCGCGACACUCCAACCUGUCCGAGGUCCACAUUGUCUUCCACCUGUGCGUGGACGAUAACGUGCGCUCGGGAAACAUCACAGCGAGGGACCCGGCCAUCAUGGGCCUGAGGAACAUUCUAAAGGUCUGCUGCACACAUGACGUCACCACCAUCACCAUCCCACUGCUGCUGGUUCAUGACAUGUCAGAGGAAAUGACCAUACCUUGGUGUUUGAAGAGAGCUGAGCUGGUCUUCAAAUGUGUGAAAGGUUUCAUGAUGGAAAUGGCCUCAUGGGAUGGAGGUGUUUCACGCACGGUGCAGUUCCUCGUGCCAAAGAGUAUUUCAGAGGAAAUGUUCUACCAAUUGAGCAACAUGCUGCCUCAGAUCUUCCGCGUCUCCUCCACCUUAACGCUCACGUCGAAGACCUAAUUCGUAAAUUUGCCCGACUUUCUCAAGCUGCACAUCUUACUGAAAGACGACUUGGUCCCGCAGCUCAACACAGCAGCUGCUGCAAUUAUCAUUUCAAACCUCCAGGGAGCAGCGCCACUGACAGACUUUUAUGACAUCGGCAACAACCCGGUAGCUAGUGUCAUUUCCUCAGAGCGCAAUCUGCAGCUUAUUCUGUUUGUGGGAGCUGCAGUAUAAUACUGCAUUUAAUGACAUGUGAAGUGUUAUGCUUUAAUCUUGCUGGUAGGCAGUGUAAAUAGCAGCAGCUUAGAAAAAGACUUGAAUACAAAUACAGUAGAAACUCCAUUAAAGAUUGACUGGAAUGUUUGUGUGUUCAUGUUACAAAUACUGAUUUAGUAUAAUUUCAAUUUGAAUAAUGACUUUCAGAAUCGAACAGCAUUAUAAAACCCUUACUGACUGAAAAGGUAAAAUGUUAACUCAUUAGCUGCCAGCUCCUAACAGUUAUUAUUAGAGGUGUGCGAAAUGUCUGAUUCAUAGAUUAUUCGCGAUUCGGCCGUGGAAGAUCCGAGAACGAUUCAAAAACAUUCAAAUUCCGAUUAUUGAACUAUGUCAAGUAAAGCGGAAGUAAAACACACUCAGCUCGCCGCGCGGUCUUCGGGACGCAAUGAGGAACGGGGCGAGAGUAACUAGACAUCAUGCUUGUCAUUACCCGGCCCCUCGGGUAAUGCCAAUGCUCAACUCACGGCUCUAGCUCAACUCAUGCCGCGAGAUAAAAAAAACAACAACAUACCUGACUGCUGCCGACAGCUCCACAUAAUGUUACGGUAGAUAUCAUAUUUAUAUAGGACUAGAUGCAAUAUAGACUCAGACGCACAUGGACAGAAAGCUAAAUGCUGGCGUUAGUAAACGGCCGCCAUCUUAAAGCAGUAGACUUCCCUGUAGCGAACCUUCCAAGUGAACCUAAUUAACUUUUUAGCUAAAAUACUCCUAAAUCGGUAAAAUAUUGACUUGAAUCUAUCUUUAAAAUAGUUUUAAAACUUUCACAUGUCGAAAGACAAAAGGGAAAUUAUGGAAUAACGGGCGCAAUUUUAACAACUUUAACGGUUGAUUCACAACAUUAAAUUAAUUGAAUGCAGUUUAAAGCUGCUGAUACAGAAUGGGGAUUUGAGUAUAUUAUUUAUUGUUUUUAAUUGAAUCGUAGCCUCUGAAUCGUAAUCGAAUCGUUAGGGGCCCAAAGAUUCCCACCUCUAGUUUUUAUCAUUUUGUUAUUUUAAAAUUUUGAAAUCAAACUGAAAACCGAUUAUUUACUGCCAGUCAAAAUGGAUUAGAAGUCUAUCUCCACCAAUGGCACUGAAAGAUUUUGAAAAAUAAUAAUAAUUUUAAAAAACAACAACAACAAUUACUGUAGUUUUAGACUAUAAGGCACUCUAAACCGCACUCACCGAUAUUGACAAGAAGACCAUAUAAAAACAUGCAGCUCAUUAGCCUGUAAAAAUCCAUAUAUAAACCACACCAGACUGCAAACUGCAGGGUUCAAAUAGUGGUUUAUUGUCUGAAAAUUACAGUUAAUAAAACCGAAACAUGAUCAUUAUCUGCCAGCCUCUCCCAAUCAAAAUGGACAUCCAUCCAUGACACUGAUGUAAGUGUUUAAUAUUGUUUUAUUCUAAAUAAAACUGAAACAUGGUCAUUCACUGCCAGCCCUCUAAAUUUAAAUUGGAUUGAAUGUCUACUACCAUCAAUGAAAGCCAAAGUGUUAAUUGAAAUUUUAAGCUAUCAUACAAGGUGACCAUUGCAUAAUCCUAUACAAAUAGACUAAGAAGUGCGAUCAAAUUUGUAAAUAUGACAUAAUUAUUAUCAAUUAACUCCUUCACUUCUAUUGAUUGUGACUGACAUCCAAUCUAUUUGUAAUGGGCACAAAUGAUCACUGUCAGCACUCUCAUUUCAAAGGAUUGGAUGUCUACCGCCGUCAGUAACAGUAAACAAGUUGGCGUAAGCUUUCAUGGGUUUUACAUUAUAAACCACAUGUUACAAUAUUGUAGUACUGUAUUUUCACUUUGUUGUGACUGCACAGAUCAUCCAGCAGAAUUAAUUUGACAUAUCACGUGUCAACUGUUAUGGCUUGGUUCAUUCAUUUCUUGGGGGAAGGUUACUUACCUGCUGAGACAAGUGAUGCCUCUGUGAACUCUUUCAUUUCCCAAAAGACACUUUGCACUGGUGCAAAGAUGAGCAGUAUGCAGCUUUAAAUGCUGCAUUGCAGUGAGACCAAGUGAGGAUCACUCGGUAAAAGUGUCUGUCGUCCCACUUCUCCACUUUCAUGACAGCAGGUGGCACUGUUCUUGAAUACAAAUAUUAAAAAAGAAAAAAAAAAAAGUUUACCAUAGUUUUUGUACCACAAAUCUGCAAUUCAUCCAGAUGUCAGUGUUCUUGAUGUUAAAAUAUUUCAAAUACACUUGUGGGUAUUUGUUUUCUAAUAAAAUACUUACUCAAACACAACACUUGUACAUCAAUUCUUGUACAUUGCUCAAGAAAACCUUAUCACAGAAUCAAUAGAUUUCUUUUUGGCAGAUUCAGCAUGUACGUCGCAGGUGACUAAUUAACCAAGGACACCUCAACUCUGCAAAAGUAUUAAUCCAUAUCACUCAUUGGAAUUGCCUACCUGCACUUUUUAAAUGGGCUUCAAAUCCCUUUUGGUUUUGCCUAGAAUCUAUUCAAUAUGAAAGAAAAUUGGACAUUAGUGAGUCAAUUAAGAUGAUUUAUAGUUAAUGGAAGAGAUUAGAACGAUCGAAAAACACAUCCAUGAUAACAGCUACUCAACAAAUUAAUGUUUGCAGCGAGUUUCGUAUUCUUUGAAUGGUCUCAGUGGUCUGGAGUUUUUGGUUUUCUUAAACAGUUCACCUUGCACAACAGCAAACGUCUCGAUUUCUCAUA